CAGUCAGAUUACUUUGGAGGGCACUUGGCCAGACGUACAUGUCGUGAGACAUGUGCGGGGAGGAGUAACCAACUUUUGAUUAGAUGUACAUAACUCCCACUUAUGAAGAUGUCGGCUGAUUGUGAAGUAGGGUUCAGUGAUGGGAUCCUGCAGCGAUUGAGUGCAGACAGCGACCUGCCGAGUGGCCUGUCUGUAGGAUGUCUCUGUUCAAAGCAAGGGACUGGUGGUCGGUGACACUAGGCCUGGGGGAGGAGUUUGACCAGGGGUGUCUGUGCGUCGGCGAUGUGGACAACAGUGGCAGCGGACAUGAUAAGAUCGUGGUGGGGAGCUACAUGGGUCUGCUGCGGAUCUUCCUGCCCCACGCUGGCUCAUCAGGGGAGAGCCAGGCGGAGGACCAGCUGCUGGAGGUGCAGCUCAAAGACCCCAUCAUACAGGUGGAAGUGGGCAAGUUUGUCUCGUGCUCUGAUCUUCUCCACCUGGCUGUGCUUCACCCCAGGAAGCUUUCUGUCUACGCCAUCACAGGCACCGCUGGGAAUGUGGAGCAUGGCUUUCAGUGCCAGCUCAGACUGGUGUAUGAGCACAACCUGCAGAGGACGGCCUGCAACAUGACCUACGGCCCCUUUGGGGGCGUCACAGGUCACCACUUCAUCUGUAUCCAGUCCAUGGACGGCAUGCUGAUGUUCUUUGAGCAGGAGAGCUACGCCUUCGGCCGCUUCCUGCCCGGCUUCCUGCUCCCCGGCCCGCUCAGCUACUGCCCCCGCACCGACGCCUUCCUCACCGUGUCCUCCAGCCGCCAAGUGGAGAGCUACAAGUAUGAGACCCUGGCUGUGGCCACAGAUGCAGACACCAGACAGGAAGCCGAGCAGCAGAAGAAGAGCUCAGGGAAGAGGCUAAUGGCUGACUGGACCCUGGUCAUCGGCGAGCAGGCUCUGGAUAUCUGCAUCCCGUCCUUCUCCCCGUCCGCGUCCAUUUUCAUUUUGGGAGAGAGGAACCUGUACUGUCUCAAGGACAACGGGCAGAUCCGCUUCAUGAAGAAACUGGAGUUCAACCCCAGCUGUUUCCUCCCCUACGCCUCAGUGAGUGAAGGGACGACCAACACCCUCCUGGCGAACCACAACAACAUGCUGCUGGUGUACCAGGACGUGACUCUGAAGUGGGCCGCCCAGCUGUCCUGCGUGCCCGUCGCCGUCCGAGUCGCCAACUUCCAGGAUCUGAGGGGCGUGGUGGUGAUGCUCAGUGGAGACGGGCACCUCCAGUGCUCCUACAUGGGCACCGACCCCUCCUUCUUCAUGGCCCCCAAGGUGGAGGCGCGGGAGGUGAACUACGAGGAGGUGGAUGCUGAGCUGAAGACCCUGCACAAGGUCAUCCGCGAGGCCGCCAGGACCCAGGAUAUCCUGCCUAAAGCAGACGCAGAUGAGGAGUUGGUGGUCACGGCCAGCGUGUCUGCCAGCCUGGAUGACGUCUCGAAAGCUGUCAUUCCUGAAAUCAGUGGUAUACCUGUCCCCUCCGUCACUGUGAAGAUCUCGGUGCGGUGUCGCUCGGCGGUGCAGAGCCCCAAGCUGACGGUGUGCGUGCAGCCUCCCCUCGCAGUCACUCAGGAGCAGUUUGUGCUGGACUCCAUGGGUGCGGGAGCUACAACCACAGUGAUGUUCUCCGCCUUCCUGAAUGGGCAGUACCCCCCAGCUGACCUAGGAGGAAAUGUGGCAGUAUCCUACAGCACACCCACAGAGCUGAACCCAGCAGGGGUGCCCAGGGUGGCCCAGUGCAGAUUCGCUCUGCCCCUCCGCCUGGCCUGCUGCCUGUCUUCGGCCUCCAAGAACGCCCAGUUCAAGAUCACAGUAGACACCAACAAACCGCCAGUUAACCUCAACGAGGUGUUCCCAGACUUCCUGGAGAAGUCUGAGGACAGGGAUGGGAACGCGUUGGCCUUCCAGCUCAUAGCCGGCGCCAAAGUCACCGUGCUGGCCUCCAAGACGUCCCAGCGCUACAGGAUCCAGAGUGAGAGCUUUGAGGAUAUGUGGCUGGUGGCCAGUGAGCUGGUCCAGCGUUUUGACCGGCACUUCGCCAAGCAGGGAGUGAAAGACUUCCGCAACAGCUUCUCCGGCCCUCUCCCACUGUCCGAGUACUUCCAGGCUGUGGAUCACCACUUUGAGCUGCGGGUCAGCGCGGAGAAGUACCAGGACCUGCUGGCGGAGAGGGCGGUCCAGUUCCGGGCCAUCCAGCGCCGGCUGCUGACGCGCUUCAAGGACAAGACCCCCGCCCCCCUGCAGAACCUGGACACGCUGAUGGAGGGCACCUACAGACAGGUGAUCGCUCUGGCGGACGCGGCCGAGGAGAACCGGAUGAAGCUGUGCCAGGCCUUCGCCCGCCUGCGCAGCGCCACACAGCUGCUAAUCAUGCUGCUGUCCCUGUGGCACGGCCUGGGCACGGAGCAGACCGCCAUCCUGCAGGCCACGCUGCUUCCCCUGCUGCAGGACACGCCUCAGCUGGGCUGGGAGGAGAGCGUGGACGCUGCCGUCUCUCACCUGCUGAGGACGUGUCUGUCGCGCAGCUCCAAGGACCAGGCCCUGAGUCUGAGCACCGGCCAGCUGAGCAUGCCCAAAGACACGGCCCGCCUGAAGAAGCACAUCACCCUGCUGUGUGACAGGCUGGGCAAGGGCGGCCGCCUGUCGCUGUCCUCAGAGGCCCACGCCCCCACGCCCGUCAUCAUGCCAGGGAGCUGUGAACCCAUUGCUGAGCUGGACCAGGAAGAGCCCGCCGCGGAGCAGGAGGCCGUGGCCAAGUUUGUCAAGAAGAGGCAGCCAUCCAAGAAGGUCAAGACCAAAACCGAUGCCAAUGGCAGCGAGGCUGGGAAGGAAUCUGAAAAGGAGCUUGGCAAAGAACCUGCAAAAGACUCUGGAAAGGAGUCAACUAAGGCAUCAGUGAAAGCAAAGGAGUCUGGGAAGGAAUCUGCUAAGGAUUCUGAGAAGACUGCAAAGGAUUCUGUAAAGGAGUCGUCAAAGGAACCGGAGAAGGAGCCAGAGAAGGAACCCGGAAAGGCUGCAGUGAAAGUUGCGAAGAAGGCAUCAGUGAAGGUGAAAGAGAAGAAGAAGGAGCCAGAGGCUACAGACGGCUAACGGGCCUACAGAGCAAAGCCACGCAAGACCCUGAGAAUGUUCUCCAGCGUGCGAGCCUGCGGUCCCCUGGCCAGGCCCCAGGGGCCACACUGUCCCCGCUGGGGCGGGCUCCAGCACAGCACUCAGCUCACUGGCUUUGAUUGAGCUGCUAAGUCAACACUCAAUACUUCACAUACUGUCUCCUUCGGUUAUUUUGGUGAGAAUACAGGUUGCUGGGAGUUUUAUGGCAGGUUAUGUCUUUAGGUUUGUAUUUCUUUGAGGUUGAAUUGCAGUAACACAGAUAGGUAUUCGGUUAGGGAAGAGGGCGUAAAUUAGUUGUGAGAUGGGUCCAGGAAAAAUAGUUGAACUACUCUACUAUAAAGUUAGGCUUGAUUGAGCAAUUGAGUUAACUACCCUGAUUAUUUUUUCGAGGAGCAGACAAAAUUUUGACUAAACAAUUUUGCAUUAAUGCAAAAUAACUUCCAUUCGUAGAUCUCUUUGAAGUAAUCAUUUUGAGCUUUUUAAAUGUAGAGCUGGCAGUAUUUAAUUAAAAGCUCAGUCAUUCAUUCAGCUGGAACAAUAAAUCCCCAAGACCAGGGUUGGGAAACACUGUUCUGCAUACGCACACAUACAGAUACACUCCAGGAACAUCGAAAGUGGAGGGACAUGGGUGGGUUCUACCUCUUGCUGUGAUUGAACACUGGCCACUGCGAACCAGAGUGACCCAAUCUAUCCCACUCCACUAAACUACACUACACUACACUACCCUUCACUCCUCCACACUCCACUACAUUAAUCCAUUUCUCUGUGUUCCUCCUUUUCUCUCUGUUCCAUUUGUUUCCCACCUCCACUUGUCACGUGACAUUUUAUGCAUACCUUCAUGUAUGAGUUUCUGAGUAGUAACUCAGUUACAGUGUACUUAGGUCUGGUGUGAAUUGAGUGUGCCGUACUUGUGUAGCUGUUGCCAGUGUCUCUUGUAUACUUGCUGGGAGCAUUGACAAGAGUUAGUGCUUUUGUCCUGAUUCAGCGUUCUCUCAGGUAACUGCCAUCACGCUCUCCAUUGUACAUGUACGUAUGUUAUCUCACUGCUGGAAGAGUCCAUUUGUCACUGAGAUGUGGGUGGAGGGUGUGGCUUUCAGGCAGUUUACACAGUGCUGAACCAGGCCGUUCCACCGACAGCACCCCUCUCCUCUGCAAUAUGCUUCUCUGAAAGCUCAUCGCCUCUCAGCACCCUGAGCUCUCCGCCUGUUUCAGUGAUCGAUGAAUUCUCUGUAUAGAGCUGGUUUUAGAUGUGUACUGAGCUGCAUGUAAUGCAUACACAUGCACGCACACAAGUACGCAGCUGUGUCUGAAAUGCAUGCACAUGCACACGCACACGCACGCGUAACCACGGCCUCCACACACAAGCAUGUGUGAUUGCACAUACACAUAUGAAAGCGAUCAUGCCUACACACUUAAAAGCGGCCUGUCUGGCAGUUGCAUACAUUCACACUGCUCAACACACACACUGUUCAGACACACAUUCACACUGCUCAACACACACACCGUUUCAGACACACAUUUACAUUGCUCAACACACACACUGUUUCAGACACACAUUUACAUUGCUCAACACACACACUGUUUCAGACACACAUGCUCUGGCACAGUCACUGCCCACGUGUGCUCUACAGGAUCGCAGACGCACACCUGGGCUCGUCUGAUUGGUCGGCUGUAGACACAGGCGGACUGAGGGGUUUUCUCAUGUCCAGACUGCAGAAGAUCAGGCUGCCGGUGGGUUCCGUUAGUGGCUUGUAACGCAGCCCUGGAAUCUGAGCCUCAGAUUCAGGCGUAUCCCUCCCCUCCCCUCCUCCACCCAGCACCCCCUCCUCCAAGGCAAACAGCACAAGGGCCCAGUGCUACACCACGGGAUUUAUUUUAGAUCCACACCCGUCUCUGGGCCAAACCCACAGCCUCCCGCCCCAUAAUCCGUCUCUUCUGCUCGCCGCUCCCCCGCCUACGCUCCGGUGUGCUGACGUCCGCACCCCUGCACCCCCCCACCCCCCCAGCCCAGCCCCGCUCGCCCCCUCACGUGUGGCACCCCACCAGCCGUGCCACAACUAAGAAUAACAUCCACAGUCUGCUCCCCCCGCCCGCCACCACACGGCCUCCUCUCUUCCCUGCUCAGCACAUUCAGGAAGUGGGGACAUGUUGCCACCCCGGGGGAGGGGGGACCCAGAGCACCAGCGCGCAAUGCCCAGUGCCCACCAAUCAAAGUGGAACCAGUUCGCCUACCCCCUGCCCUUGCCUGCUCAGGGUGACCUCGAGGUGUCCCUGUCCCCAGUGUUGUGGUGGGCGGGUGUGGGGGCCGAGUCUGUCCAUAGCACCCUCUCCAAGCUAAUUAGCUUAUCAGGCUGGGAUUAGCUUGUCCCGCACACACACACUUCAGGUCAGAGACAGUAGUCUGGGUGCUUCAGGGAGAGGGGGCCAGACAGGAGCGGGUCCUGUGGCUCGGUCUGCAGACGUGAGAGCAGCGAUGCAGCCCUCCACAGCUGCGCUCCUCCCGCAGCUUUGAUUCACGGUAACGCGCUGUUUACAGCGAGCAGCCUCCGCAGCGUGGAGAAACGACACCUGCUGUCCCUCGCCCCUGACCCCUUCGAACGAAAAGCAGGCAGAGAGAGAGAGAGUGAAUGCUUGCUCUGCUCAGCCACGCUGUAAAGGGAUGAGGCACAUUUAUCAAUGUCACUCAUCUUUCAGUCCAUAGGAAGAAGGCGUACAGGGACUGUAGUACUUUAUCCCAGUCUGUGGAGAUCUCCGAUGUUGUCCAUUCAUAUUUGUCGAAAAUGUGCGUGACUUAAUUUUUGCAUCUUCAGCAGGGAAGGCUUAGAUAAGAUUUUUGUAGUGGUGCCAGCUAGUCUGUUGUACCAGGCACCUGCUACAGUACGUUUCACAACUCUAAACACAAAGAGCUCCAGAUUUUUCCCCCCCACAUUUUUCCCAUCUCCUGUCUUUUCUUUAUAGUCUGUUUUGCCUUUGACCUGUUUAAGUCCCCACUUGUACAUGUUGUCAGCGGGUCAGUGAUCUCUGAGAAUCUCUGAAGAUUAUCAACCUCCGUUGUCCACUCAUUCCAGCAAAGGGCAUUAGACAGAUUCCGUCUAGUUUACCAGUAAAGGCUGCAAAGCAUUUAUACUAAUUGUCGCCGCUGAGAUCUGUUGUUGUAUUUUUGCCAGUUUUUGUUGGUCAUAAAACCAUCAUGACACUCCAACAGAAUCUGUGUUAUAACCAUUAGUUUUUCUUCUUUUUUUUUCUUUUUUUUUUACAAUUUAGAGCUUACUCAAAAUGCGUGGUCGUUUCCAUGUUUACAGACACUGUACAUUUCCUAUACAAGACGGGACCAACUGUUCUCCAGUAUAUAAAAAAAACAUUGUUACACUGUGCCACAAAGUUUUGAGACAGAUGAUUGUUAACAAAUAAAAAAUUUGGAUUAGAUUAAGAAAAUGAAAAA